AUGGCUGCAUCUCCGCCAUUGCUACGGAUGGCGAGGCAGUUGGAGCACACUGUCGAAGCGACUCCAAAGAAUGGACUGAAGCGCAGAUGUGCUGAUCGGGCUUGUUCGUUGAACAAGCGCCGUCGUAUCUCGCGGCCACCGCCGCCGCCGCCGUCGUAUUCGCGUGUACUGCCAUCCCCAUCUCAAUCUCCAUCUGCGUCGUCCACGCCAUCAUCAUCGCCGGCAACGGAAACGGCGACGACAUCGACUCCGACUUCGACGAAUAAUGGUGAUUGUAACCAUUCGUCCGUGCGACACUCACUAAGCGCGACAAUGAAACAUCACAACAGGGUGCGCUUAUAUGUUCCGCCCAUUGCUUGGACUCCCACGCAUUUGAAGCUUUUACAUUUGGAGUUCAAGCUCAAUCAUCUACCCGAUUCCUGCGACCACACUCGUCGAGAUAACUGCGCACCGUAUAAACGUGAAGUACUUCGUGCAGCGAGGCAACUAAGGUGUGAAAAUGCAGAAGCGCAGCAGAUUGCCAUGGGUGAAAUUCUGAAGCAUUACCGACUCCAAGAGCUUGAGAGAAACAGAACGAAUCGACUAGAACUGUUUUACGAAGGAAAAAAAGCUGCGCGUGUUUUAACAGAUGGUAUCUUCAAGGCCGAAUCCGGACUGGGACGGCCGGUUGCUGGCCUCAGGAAUAAGAAGUUGAAGCGUCUUAAGCCGGCAGUAGACGCAGAGGACCCUUAUAUACUAGGCGUCUUGAUGGCCUUGGCACAAAAACAACGUCAAGAAAGGGUUAGGGUUAAUGUUAACCCUAGCGGCGGAGAUGUGGCAGAGAAGGUGUAUGCUAUUGCGUUCCCGUUUAUUCGGGCACGUGUGGCGUACUUUUACAAGGCUGUUAUACCUUCUUCUUUCUUAGAAAAGUUUGAGAAACCCUAUGAAGCUAUCAAAUGCGAUGGAUUCGUGGUUUCAUACGUAACAAUUAGAUUAGAUACUGCAGAGGAAACUCUUAGUCGCUUAAUACAAACACUUUGUUCUCAUAAACUACUACACUGUGCGAAAGCACAGAGUAGGUAG